UUAUCAAAACCAAAGCCAACAACUAGAACUAAAGAAAAAUCAUAGUUUUGUGUGCAUUUUUCAGCCCGAAACCUCGUUUCUAGAUAGCGAACAUCUCCGAGUAAGUACUGCCCCUACAACAAUUUUUGCUGUUGGGCGUCCUGGUGCUUACGAAAAUUCGCCCGAGCUUUUUGCUUUCAGAGAAUAUGUACAUAAAUCGUAUAUCAGAAUGCAACAUGCAGAACAAACGUACAAAUGGAGAUAGUUCUUCCUCGAUCGAGAUUGCCACCACAGUCGCAGAAGAGUACAAGAUAGAAACUGUCGAGCAGGACAUGGAAAACAACACGUGGAGUCCACAGUCGACAGGUUCACGCAAUUCGCAGCGAUCAUCUUCGUCAUCAAAUCUUUCGUUGCUUUACGAACCAGAGUUGCCAAGUGACUUCAAUCGCUGCGGGAAGGUCAUAUCCAUACACGUGGAGAAUUUCAUGUGCCAUGAGAAUUUUACGGUCGAGUUUGGACCCAAUACCAAUUUUCUGGUGGGCAAAAACGGGAGUGGCAAAAGUGCCACGAUCACAGCCCUGACCGUGGGUCUGGGCGGCACCGCACGCGCCACUAGCCAUGCGACCAGCAUAACGAAGCUCAUCAAAAACGGCCAAAAGGCAGCCAAAAUCGAAAUAACCCUGUGUAAUAUUGGAUGGAACCGAUUCGAUGCGGAACAUAUGGGACCGCAUCUGACGGUGGUGCGGCACAUACGCCAAUCAUCCUCGACCUAUGAGCUAAAGGAUGCACGCGGUAGAAUCGUCUCGAGGAAAUUAGAUGAUGUUAAGCGCCUGCUGCGCCGCUUUUGCAUUCAUGUCGAGAAUCCCGUUUUUGUGCUCAACCAGGGGGCUUCACGGGAAUUUCUUAAAAAACUGGAUCCAAAGUCAAAUUUCACACUCCUGAUGAAGGCAACGCAGCUGGAUAUUUGUCUGAAUGAUCUCGACGAAUGUCUUGUGAAACGCAAAAACCUACGCCGAGCUCUGGAAAGACUUAAAUUGAGAAAGCAAAUAUCGGAACAACUGGUGGCCGCCGAGGAAGAAAAAUUAGCCAGACUCAAGGAUAGGGAAGCAGUCAAGUUGAAGUUAGAAGAAGCCAGCAACCAGCUCGCUUGGCUGGCGGUGGGCCAGCAAGAGGAGGAGCUGGCCAACUGGGAGCAGAUGAUUCAACUAAUGGAAGCCAAGAAGGCCAAGCUGAAGGCAGCCAAAGCCCAGGAGGACUCCACACAAGCCAAACUCACGCUACAGUUGAGCAAAUUCGAGGAAAUGAAACAGCAGAACCAAGAUGUCUACAAAACGCACGAGACAGAGUUGCGUGAAGCCAUGACCAUAAUGCAGGAGCAUCUUUCCAAAGUCAGCAAUAUCCGAACACAAAUGAAAAAUGCCGAAAAAAUCCUGAGCGAGGAGCAGCACGACUACGAAUAUUAUCGCGGCGACUAUGCCCGGAUUAGACAGAAAAGCGUGGAGAACACGGACAGAGCGGUGGAGCUCAAGCAGCUGAUCGCCGAUAGAGAGGCACUCGUUAAGCAGCUCCGAGAGGAGCUACUGGUGACCAAAGAACGAUUGAGUUCUGUGCGCGAACAGGUGAAUGCCCGACGACUCGAGAGAAACGAAAUGCAACAAUCCACGCAAAAAAUCCAAUUGGAUAUUGAGACGCUUGUUCGGAACAAAACCAACAAACUGGCGAUUAAUGUCGAUUGUGCUCUGCGCUCGAAGUAUAGCGGCCCGAACCAGCACCGAAUGCCGCGCGGUCCUCUUGGCCAAUACAUAACCGCAGUCAAUCCCAAGUACAGGGAUCUGAUCGUGAACCAGCUAUCCAAAUGCCUGGGUUCAUACAUUGCCAGCUCGCACGAGGACAGUCAAUCGUUGAGAGCCCUGCUCCAGAGGUUCUAUGGCAAUAAUGUGCCAACGAUCAUUACAAGCGCUUUCACAGAACGCGUUUACAAUGUGUCCAAAUUCAAAGUUCAAGCCACUACGCCGAACACCACAGUACUGAUCGAUGAAAUCAGCUGCGAUGAUCCGGUUGUUAUGAACUACCUAAUUGAUUUGAUGCGUAUCGAAACAGUGCUGGUGACCGAGUCCAAAGAGAUCGCCGAAUUUCUCACAUCCGACACAGAGAACGUGCCGCCCAACUUGACGCGUGUGCUGGUGCCAGGCCUCGGGUUGGAGUGCACACCUCCCCCCAAGUAUUCGUUUCGUUCAUGCCCAGGCCGAUACGUGCAUGUGGACAAUCGCAUCGAGCAGCUGCAGGACGAGCAGCGUAGUCUGCAGGAGCGUGCGGUAUCUCUGGAAGCGGACUAUAAUACACAGACGGAAAUGCAAAAAAGCAUCGCUCUGGAAGUGGCCAAAAAGACAUCCGAAAUCGAUCAGUGUCUUGCCGAAGUACAAGAGGCUACCCAAGAGAUUAUGGAAAUAGGAAACACCGAGUAUCUGCCAGAAGAAGAUCGUCUGAUUGCCGAUUGCCGUGAGAGAAUCGAGAAGUGGCAAGAAGAACGCUGUGAGCUGCAGCUGAAACUUGACGAAAGCGAAGAUCUUCAGGCCCAAUAUGAAGCUAAGAAAUCCGUUGAAUUGAAGGCCCUCGAGGAGAUUACCAAACAGAUGGAGAGCCUCGAGGCGAAGGCCCACGAAGUGUCCGAAAAAAAGCGUACCCUGGACAGUGAACUCUCGCAAAAGAAUCGCAGUCUCCAAAAAAUGGUAGAGCUGCUGCGAAAUCAGAAAACAGUUAAACAGGAUGUUUUCAAUGAAUUGGCGAAGGCGCGCCUAGCGGCUGAACUGAUGGGGGGAUUCAUCGAGACCACGAAUACGGAAGAGGAACUCUCAGACAUAAUAAGUCAAUACCAAGCAAAGAUCAAACAAGUGGACCAACUUAACUACAAUCCCGCAGAGGUGGAGCAGAAUUUAGCUGUGCUGCGGCAUAACCUUGUCGAAGAUGCCAAUCGUUUUAGACUAUCAGAAAAGGUCAUCAAUGAUCUGCGCCAGGUGUACCACGCCAAUGCUAUAAAUUUCCAAAAAUAUCGCUAUCAUUACUUGACGAUGGUUCAGAAUAAUAUUCAGUGUACCCUAGAACAGCGACACUUUAAAGUAAGCUUUGAAUUUAAUCUAAAAGCAAAGACGUGGGACAUUCAUGUCUUUCCGCCAAGCGGCAACAAAACCUCAAGCGCCAAAAGUCUGUCCGGUGGCGAACGCUCUUUCGCGACUGUUUCGUUGCUGAAAGGUCUUUGGACCACUUCAGAUCAUCCGUUUUAUUUUCUAGACGAAUACGACAUCUUCACUGACGAAGUCAAUCGGAAAUUGAUAACCGAACUGCUAAUUAAUGAGGGUCAAGAUUGGCGAAUGCGACAGUAUUGCUUUCUGACACCCCUGGACACGGAAGUGGUAGAGAGUCCAUACAUCAGAAUACUCAAGUUGUCUUCGCCCAAUAAGUGCUCUUCGUAAUUUUAAGACUAAUGUAUUUUACACAAAUGGAAUAAUCUCAUAAUCGAGAAUAUAUUAAGGAAAAUUUACUCCAAGUAACUCCUACAACUUCUUUUUUACAAAAAUAGCACCAUAAAUCAUUAAUUUCCAUAAUAUAACAUACAUAUUUCCCAAAAAAGAGUAUUUAAACUCCCUCUUAGUGGAUGAUAUUUUAUUUCUGUCAUGGCACUGACGUGGUUGAUUGGG